AUGUCGAUCCAUCGUCUACCAAGCACAAAAAAACCACCGGAGUUAAUCGAUAAUUACUUUACCACCGGUGAACAGGUUUACAAAAUUGACAGUAUUAGUGAUCAAUUUGAGGGACGUUUUGUGCAUUUGUCAUUGAGUUGCGAUGGUUUAAUAUUAUUCUGGAAACAGUAUAAGUUGGAUGGUUACGUUAAAAAAACACUUGGUGGUACAUUUGUAUCGGGGAAAUGUACGCUGUCAACUCAUUUUCUUACUGUAAUGUGUGGUAUCGACGCUGUCACUCCAAAUGCGCUAAUUUUUCUUAUCGAUUGCGAAAAUAAUGUCAUUCGUUGGCUUAAUGAGCUUCGUCGAUUAUCAGUGAAAGCAUCGAAAGAAUUACCACUUCAAGUGGAUGAAAUAACGAAUGAUUUCAUAUUUUCCUGCUAUUGCUGUAUAUGUGGACGAACUGACGUAGAUUAUAUAUUUCAUAAAAAAUUUGCUGGGAGGGAGAGAGUGGACGCAGAACAUUUUGCAAAGUAUCUCAAAGAGGAACAUUGUGAUCCGAGGCUUAAUGAAAUGCUUUAUCCUUCUCCUACCACAGAAAUUGCUCAGUGUUUAAUUAAUGAAAUGAGCAAGAAUGAUGCAGGAGAGCAGCUAACGAAAGAAUCAUUCCUGAGAUUUCUACUAAGUGAGUACAACAUCGGGAUGCACCGGGAUCAUCUGAUAUUAAAGGAAGAAAAUAUGCACAAACCGCUUUCCCAUUAUUUCAUUAACAGUUCUCACAAUACAUAUCUCAGAGGUUAUCAAGUGAAUUCCAAAAGUUCUGUGGAAAUGUAUCGUUAUGUAUUAUUAUCCGGAUGUCGUUCCAUUGAACUUGAUUGUUGGGAUGGAUCAGGUGGUGAACCGAUCAUCACACACGGGCCUUCGCAACUUACACGAGUUACUCCUGUAUUAUUUAAGGAUGUUAUUAUGGCAAUUGCGGAAACGGCUUUUGUGAUUUCUGAAUUUCCGGUUAUUCUAUCAUUAGAGAAUCAUUGCUCCCUGAAACAACAGAAGAAAAUGGCAUUGUAUUGCCAAGAAAUUUUCGGAAAUUUUUUACUCACAGAACCAUUGAGCGACUAUCCGAUUAAGCAGGGUGUGAGUUUGCCAUCACCAAAUGUGCUCAGGAAAAAAAUUUUGAUCAAAAAUAAGAAAAUCAACGACGCAGAAGCAGAAGAUUUUUUUAGCAAAUCAGUUUCGUCAACGUCACAAAAUGUUGUGGAAAGUGAUCUCAGUGAAAGUGAAAGCAGUGAGAAAGACGACAUCGUUCAUCAAAAUGGAGCGAAUACGCAGGAGCAAUCACGAGAUUCCGUUAUUGCUCGUGAACUAUCGGAUCUCGUAAAUUAUAUGCGUGCGUUGGGAAAGUUCACAUCAUUUACUGAUUGCGAAAGUAAACAAUUGAGUUAUGGAAUAUUUUCGAUGAAUGAAUCUCGUGCCUAUGAAUUGGUAAAAGAGAAUCCAAUUGAAUUCGUUAAUCACAAUAAGAAACAAAUUACACGUGUUUAUCCAAAAGGCAAACGUGUUGAUUCCAGUAAUUUUUGGCCUAUUAAAUUUUGGAAUUGUGGUUGUCAAAUGGCAGCUAUAAAUAUGCAAACACCUGAUAUACCAUUUCAAAUGAAUGUUGCAUUUUUCGAACAGAAUGGCCGUUGUGGAUAUGUUCCCAAACCAAGUUUAAUGCGUAAAGCUGAUGCAAAAUUUAAUCCUUUUGAAACGCAUACAAUGGAUCUUGUUGUACCUGCCUAUCUUUCUAUUACCAUAAUUUCUGCUCAGAUGCUAUCAUUUGCAUGCGAGAAGCGUCCUUCAACAUAUGCAGAAGUGAAUUUUUAUGGGCAUUUUAAUGAUUUAUCACGAUUUUCGAAACGAAAAUAUCGUACGAGAAUUGUUAUGGAUAAUGGAAUUAAUCCCACUUAUAUGAAUUUUUGUGAAGAAGGCUUCAAAUUUGAGAAGAUAAUAUUUCCGGAGAUGGCAUCAAUUCGUUUGUCAGUAUACGAAGAAAAUGGUCGUCUUAUUGGACAUUGUUUCUUACAUGUCCGUUCAAUUCAGCCAGGAUUCCGACAUAUUCCGCUUCGAAAUGCUCACAGUCAUCCAUUGGGUCCUGUAUCACUGUUUGUUUUAUUCCUUGUUCACGAUUAUAUCGACGGUGGAAGCGUUAAUUUGGUAAACGCACUGCAAAAUCCAAUUGAGGCUAUGAAGAAGAUAAUGGAAAGUGAAGAAGCAGCUUCUGCGGCAUUAGUAAAUCCGAUAGAUAGCAUGAAACAACGUGAGAAAAUGCUUGUGGCAUUAGAGGAAAGUGAACCAAAAUCUCUCUCUACCGAAUUAACAGCAUCUUGCGAUAUGGGCAAGGAAUUCAAUAGUAUGGAUAAUUUUGAAAAUAAUGCUAAGUUUUUAGCAAAAAUGAGAUCAGUAAGUGCGGAAAGUGAAUUAUCAAAGGAAGCAUCCAUAUGUGAAGAUGGAAUGAAACCAUUUAAUUUUGAUAAAUGGAAUAUGUCCGAAAAAUUGAAAGAACGCUUUUAUUUGGAUGAUGUGGAACUUAGAUUUUUAAGAGAGAAUGAAUUAGCUAAUAGUCAAAAAGUUGUAAAAUUGGAGAAGAAUUUCAAGAAGAAGCAUCAAUCUAUCUUUGAUAUACUCAAUGCUUCCUUCAAACAAAAGCCAGUGUGUUCUAUCUUAAGGAAUUUUCAUGGAGAUGCUUUUGCUAUAUAUGCUAAAUAUGAGAAGGAGAGAACAGAACUUAUUAUAUCACUGGUGGAACAAAACAGGAAGAAACUUAUCAAGCGACUCGAUAUGGCUUAUAAAUGUGAACAAAAGCAAUUGACCAAAUUAAAUCACCAAAAGCGCUACGCAGAGCAAUGGAAUGUGGUUCGAACGGAUGGGACAGAAGAAUUACGAGGAAAAUAUGUAAAACUUGGCUUAGAAGAGCAAAGGAGAUUAAAUAAAUCAAAAGAAAGAAGGUUGAAAGAAAUUGAAAAUAAUUUCGAAUUGCUAAAACAAGAAAUUGGAGUAGGAAUGGAGCAGAGAUUGAGCAAAGCUAUCUCUAUACUUCGCGAUCUAUAA